GCGCGGCGCUGACGGGUCGUUAGCGGAUACGGUGGCCGCAGGGGUGGUGCCAGCGGCCUCUGCUCCGCUCGGCGCCCGGCUCGGAGCCUGACUCGGCCCUCUCGUCUCGCAGCUGCGGUUCCACCAUGGCUCCCAAAGGCGGCUCCAAGCAGCAGUCCGAGGAGGACCUGCUCCUGCAGGAUUUCAGCCGCAACCUCUCGGCCAAGUCCUCGGCGCUCUUCUUCGGGAACGCCUUCAUCGUGUCUGCCAUCCCCAUCUGGCUAUAUUGGCGAAUAUGGCAUAUGGAUCUUAUUCAGUCUGCUGUUCUGUAUAGUGUGAUGACCCUAGUAAGCACUUAUUUGGUAGCCUUUGCAUACAAAAAUGUGAAAUUUGUUCUCAAGCACAAAGUAGCACAGAAGAGGGAGGAUGCUGUUUCCAAAGAAGUGACUCGAAAACUUUCUGAAGCUGAUAACAGAAAGAUGUCUCGGAAGGAAAAAGAUGAAAGAUACUUUUCUUUGUGCUGUACACAGUUCAUUUAUUCCUCCAAAGAGCUCCAUGAGAUAGGUAUCUCCAAAGCUCUAUCUAAAAUCAUUUGGAAUAUGGACUACAUGCCACUUUUGAACCUACUUUUCUACCUAUCCAAGGAAAUUAGCAGAGGAGAAUCAGAUUCAUUAACAUUUGUCCCAAGAAUCUUGUGGAAGAAGAAUGAAGUUGCUGAUUAUGAAGCUACAACAUUUUCCAUCUUCUACAAUAACACCCUAUUUCUGGUCUUGGUCAUUGUUGCUUCCUUCUUUAUAUUGAAGAACUUCAACCCCACAGUGAACUACAUUUUGUCCAUAAGUGCUUCCUCAGGCCUCAUCGCCCUCCUGUCUACUGGCUCCAAGUAGAGCACAUCAGCUUCCCUCCACCGCCCUGGCUUUGUGUCUAUGGGUGGCCUGUGGUAUAUGGAAAAGUAGCAGGGUGGUCAGGGUGGAAGACACACAAGCUGUUUUUGUAAGUCUGGAGUUUGAGGGUUUGAAAAACCCAACAAAAUGUAAUUGAAUAUUUGUUUAUUGGCUCUUUUUUUUUUUUGACAGAUUGUUGAAAUUAAAUGAAUUGAAAGGGAAACUCAGAGUACCAGGACAUUUAUUAAAAGGCAAAAAGUGUUGCAAUAUGUUAUCAUCACAAGGGGAGAAAAUAACUUGUUUCCUUGACUUGUCAGAGGUCACAGUAACCUGGACUGAGCUGUUAUUAUUUAUAAUAGUAGCAAGAAGUUAAUAAUUGGUUCUGUGUGUUCCAAGCACAAUAUUACAACUUUUUUUUGAACCAUAAAUAUCAGAAUGAGUCCUCUCCCUCUGGGGGAUUGAACAGAAGCUUCAUGUUUGCAAGUCUCUGAAUUUGUGAUUUGAAAUAACUGAAAGUUAAAUAAAACAUUAGUUUCUCCAACUUGGAGAAAAGAAA